AUCUGUUUAUGACAUUAUUGACAUUUAGCAUUCAUUUGACGUUUAUUUUUGACGUUUACGAUAAAUUUCUAAUCUUAAAUUUUUCAUUGUAAAUUAUCUUUAUCUAAUCAAUUAUCGAAAUAUAUUCGUAAAGUCGUUAUUUCACAAAAUUAAAUAUGACAAUGGGCGAUGAAACUCCAGUAACUUCUUUAAUUUUACCCGUUUUAAUACGACCAAUUUUAUCACAGUUAGAAAGACGUGAUGUAUCAGCUUCUCAAACGUUACGUGCUGCUCUAUGGAAAGCGGAAACUUCAUAUCCUGGACUCACCUAUGAUCUUAUCAUGGGAAUUAUGGAAAAGGGAGACUUAAAUGUUAAUAUGAAUGAAAGUAUAUUGAGAUUACAAGGAUCGUUAUCAGAUGCUGAUGUUGUUGAAUACAGAUUAAAUAGAUCUGAGGAUGCUUUUCAAGAGUUAAAUCGAAAAUCUGCCACUUUAAAAAAGAUUUUGAGUAGAAUUCCUGAUGAAAUAACAGAUAGAAAAACAUUUUUAGAAAUUAUAAAGGAAAUAGCAAGUGCCAUCAAAAAACUUUUAGAUGCUGUUAAUGAAGUAAAUGCAUUUAUUCCUGGACCAGCAGGAAAACAAGCUUUAGAACAAAGAAAAAGGGAAUUUGUGAAAUAUAGUAAACGUUUUAGUAAUACAUUAAAGGAGUAUUUUAAAGAAGGACAGGCAAAUUCAGUGUUUGUAAGUGCACUUUAUUUAAUUCAUCAAACCAACAUGAUUAUUUCAACGGUUAAGAAUAAAUGUGAAUAACUUGAGUUCAAAAAAGAUAACUUUAUGAUUAUUUCAAACCUAUUAUUAUUGUUAAUUUUUUAAUGAAAUUAUAUUAUUCUAUUUAUAAGAUUAUUAAUUGGAAGUGUAGAAAUUUCUUUCUUUGGGAUAUUCUCUUUAGGAGUACAAAUGUAAAAAGAAUUUCAAAAGAAAAGAACUAUUUUUUAGUAUAUAGAGAGCCUAUACUAAUAAUUAUAAUACAAUUAUUGUAUACUUAAUGGAUGAAAGUAAUUAUUAUUAUAAAUUUAUUUGAAUUGAACUGGAAAAUAUAUCUAUUGAUGAAAAUCUAA